GAACUAACUAAAUUCUCAACACACCAAAAGUCCAAAUGGAUCAAACCCUCACUAAACUCUCGUCCGAUUCCUCCACCCCAGUCUGCCGCGCCGCCUCCCUCCAGUCCGACGCGCCUCCCGCUGCUUCCCCCUGUUCUGCCUUCGACCGCCUCGCCCCGCCCCUGAAUCCGCGUCUGCGUCCAGCCUCCCGUCUAAUCUCGUUCGCCCCGCCCCACUAAUAAAUCAUCUUUGAUACACGGCUUCCUCUGGGGAAACUCAAAGCAAAAAGGGGGGAAAGAAGAACCCUAAUCAGAAGCAGUUGGGAAAAGAAGUUAGAAAGAAACCCGAAAUUCUCUCCGGAGAUACCACCACUAUUCUCCGUCAACUGACUGUAAGUUGCCACAUUACUGCAAACAUUUUUCUACUGAUUUUUGUAUUUUGAUACCUCAAAAGAUAAUCUUUUUAGUGAAAUGUUGGACGAGAAAACAUUUGACGUGGAGUUGAAUUUGCUGGCGCUUCGAGUUCCGCGGGAGCAUUGCAAGCUUGCAACGCGGAUUCUAAACGGUCAUUUACUUGACAGACCACGUAUCAAACCUGUAACUGAGGAUCCGACUUCUGAUAAGAAUCGCUACGUGUUAUUAUCCGAGAAGAUUAAAAGUUCUGAAUUAUCUGAAAUUCCUGCUGGCAAAGUUGAUGAACUGAAAGAGCACUUUGAGAUCCAAGUAGUUCCGUAUUCAAUGACGCUUGGAUAUUCAUAUUGGAGUGCAGAUUAUAUUCUAAGGCAGAUUCUGCCACCUGGGCUUGAAGUACCUUCAUCAUUUGAGACCAUAGGUCAUGUUGCCCACCUCAACAUAGCAGAUGAGUUACUCCCAUACAAGGAUGUUAUAGCAAAAGUUAUCUAUGAUAAAAAUUAUCCACGAAUCAAAACCAUUGUCAAUAAAGUUGGAUCUAUAACUAAUGAGUUUCGUGUGCCGAAAUUUGAAGUACUGGCGGGAGAUUCAGAUAUGGUUACAGAGGUGAAGCAGUAUAAAGCAACCUUCAAGCUUGAUUACAGUUUGGUCUAUUGGAAUUCUAGAUUGGAACAUGAGCAUUUAAGGCUAAUUUCGAAGUUCCAGGCCGGAGAUGUUGUCUGUGAUAUGUUUGCCGGUAUUGGCCCAUUUGCUAUUCCAGCAGCACAAAAAGGAUGCAGAGUGUAUGCAAAUGAUUUAAAUCCUGAUAGUGCUCGCUUUCUAAAGAUUAAUGCAGAAACCAACAAGGUUUCUGAUCUUGUCCGUACCUACAAUUUGGAUGGGCGGAAAUUUAUUUCUUCACUUAUGGAAGUACCUCUAAGUGAAGGUUGUCUAGUCUCUGAUAAAGAAAACUUGAAGACUUCUGAGGAAGAGGACAAGCCUCAUAACACACAGACAAACUUCAAAGACAGCUGUUUAACUGGUAACAUGUCUUAUGUGGAUUCUUUUUCCAUAUAUGAAAUAUUAUUAUUUUGUAUUAUUUUGAGCGUCAAGUUAGACCUUAGAUCUCAUGAAGGUUUUGUGCAAGAAACUCCAGGUGAGACUGGUGUUGAAUUUGAAAAAAGUGAACUGUCGAGAGCAAAGGUAGAAGGAAAUAUAACCUCAGUAAAAAGACGCUCUGAAAGUUUGCAUGAAGAAAAUGGAAAUGGUAGCAGUGCUGGCAACUGUGUUCCUGAAAGGAAGAAACGAGGCUUGAAUAAGCGCGUUAUAGGAUCUCAGCCUUUUAAUGCGAAGCCCUGGGAGCACAUUGAUCAUGUCAUUAUGAACCUACCUGCUUCUGCUAUACAAUUUCUUGAUGCCUUCAGAGGUGUUAUCAACAGAAAAUACUGGAAAGGGUCUCUCCCAUGGAUCCACUGUUAUUGCUUCAUACGAUCAAAUGAGACGGAGGAGUCAAUAAAAUUAGUAGCAGAGGCUGCAGUUGGUGCUAGUAUACGAGAUCCGAUAUUUCACAGGGUUAGAGACGUGGCGCCAAAUAAGGCAAUGUUCUGUUUAAGCUUCAGGUUGCCGGAGGAAACAUGCACUGGUGGCGCGGAGACUCCCAACGACAUCGUUCCUUCUUCGUGAUUGACUUCACAACGAUGAUCAAACUACUUCAUGAGCGGCAGCUUUCCAUGGGAAAUCAUUUGUGGGUUCAAAAAUAAUUUGAGGCCAAACUUUGGGUUGUCGCAGCUGGCUGUUAUAGGCAACCCACAAUUUUGCACAUUGUUUCUUUGUAUUUUCUGCAUUGGAUCAUGUGUAAAAUUAUCUAAUGUAGAGUGUUCAAGAUGAGUUUCAUCCCAAAAUCCUGGUAGAUAAUAGUAAAGUUAUGUAAUUUUUGAUUCUUACGUUCGAUUACAUUAACUACAAAAUCCUAUACAAAUGAAAAAGGAAAUAGGGUUAAUUGUGUGUAUA